UCUUACAUUGGCCACACUUGGUACUGUUCGGUUCGGAUAACACGUGAAAUCGCAAACUCAGUUCGGUCGAAAUUAUAACUCUCCACAGUCAAAAUGGUCAAGAAAAAGAUAGACAACCGGAUCCGUGUGAUGAUAGAAAACGGUGUGAAGCUGGGCCAUCGGUCGAUGUUUGUUGUGGUCGGUGAUAAGGGGCGGGAUCAAGUGCCUAUUUUGUACGACAUGCUGACAAAAACAUCGGUUAAGGCACGACCUACAGUGCUGUGGUGUUAUAAAAAUAAGGACGAAGCUAUAUCCAAUCACGGAAAGAAGCGUGCGAAGAAAAUCCAAGCCGGUAAGAUUGAUAUCAAUGAGUCGGACUUGUUCGACACUUUUCGGGUGUCGACGACAAUUCACGGCAGGUAUUAUAAGGACUCGCAUACGAUUCUUGGUAAAACCUAUGGGGUCUGCGUAUUGCAGGACUUUGAAGCAUUGACUCCGAAUCUAUUAGCUAGAACGAUCGAGACAGUAGAGGGAGGUGGAUUGAUCAUUCUACUGCUGAAAACCAUCAAUUCCUUGAAGCAACUUUAUACGAUGAGCAUGGAUGUACACAAGCGAUAUCGAACGGAAGCUCAUCAAGAUCUUACGUGUCGUUUCAAUGAACGUUUGAUUCUUUCGUUAGCCGACUGUUCACGUUGUUUGUUGGUAAAUGAUGAUUUGACUGUGCUACCGCUGUCUUCGAAAACUGCCGAGGUCAAGCCCGUCGAAGUCAGCGCGGUGCGGAAAAGUGCCAAUGAUGAAAUGCUUGAAGAACUGAAGGAGAGCCUUUCUGAUGCUCCUCCAGCAGGCCCGCUCGUAAACCUCUGCAAAACGCAUGAUCAAGCAAAAGCUGUAGCUCAGUUUAUAGAUGCUCUUGCUGAGAAACAACUCAAACCACCGACAUCGUUGACCGCUGGCAGAGGCCGUGGUAAAUCAGCCGCCAUGGGCUUGGCAAUUUCCGCCGCCAUAGCUUUUGGAUACGUAAACGUUUACGUUACCUCGCCGUCGCCAGAAAAUUUAGUAACACUGUUUGAGUUUAUUAUGAAAGGGUUUGACGUUCUGGAAUACCAGGAGCACACGGAUUAUACCAUAAUCAGAUCUACUAAUCCAGAUUUCAACAAGGCCAUCAUCCGCAUAAACGUUACCCGAAACAACCGCCAAACAAUUCAGUACAUUUCUCCAUCUGAUGCACAUUUGUUAAAUGCUGCUGAUUUGUUGAUCAUCGAUGAAGCAGCAGCCAUUCCGCUUCCUCUAGUAAAAGCUAUGCUUGGGCCGUAUCUGGUUUUCAUGGCUUCUACUAUCAACGGUUAUGAAGGUACCGGUCGUUCAUUAAGCUUGAAAUUGCUGUCACAGAUCCAGAAGGACAAUAAUGCUCCUCCACCGAUAAAACUGGAAGAAUCCAUUCGUUACAGUCCGCAUGAUGCCGUUGAAUCUUGGCUAACAGCUCUGCUCUGUCUUGACGCUACGGUUGUCCCAAAUCUCAACUCCGGUUGCCCUACACCGGACGCUUGUGAGUUAUACUACAUCGAUCGUGACGCUUUGUUCUCGUAUCACCGUGCAGCGGAAGCAUUCCUACAACGUGUGGUUUGCAUUUGCGUUUCAUCGCACUACAAAAACAGCCCCAACGAUUUGCAAAUGAUGAGUGAUGCUCCGGCACAUCAUCUGUUCUGUCUGCUUGGGCCGAUUACUAAGAAAGAUCAGCUUCCGGAGAUACUCGUAGUCAUUCAGGUUUGCUUGGAAGGACAGAUAUCGGCGCAGUCGGUUCAGAAUUCCUUGGCCCGUGGGAUGAAGAGUGCCGGUGAUUUGAUUCCUUGGAACAUAGCUGAACAGUAUGGCGAUCAACAGUUUCCCAAGUUGAGCGGUGCUAGAAUUGUGCGCAUAGCUACGCAUCCAAAUUAUCAACGGAUGGGAUACGGCAAAAGAGCAUUGAAACAGCUGAAAAAUUAUUAUGAAGGAAAUUUUACAUCCUUAUCGAAUGAUCUGGAAGGCGAUGAGGAUCAGGACAACGGAAUCCAGACAAUUGACGACGAAGAUGUAGGUUUGUUGAAAGAAGUUAUUGAGCCUCGAAAAAAGGUUCCCACACUGCUCAAGCGCUUGUCCGAACGUAGACCUGAGCAUCUUGAUUAUCUGGGAACAUCAUUCGGUUUGACAAACGAUUUACUACGAUUCUGGAAGAGUCAAAAAUUUGUUCCAGUAUAUUUAAGCCAAAAGGAAAAUGACCUAACGGGGGAACAUUCUUGCAUUAUGCUAUCGCCUAUCAGCACUAGUCUGGACAAAUUUGAAACCAAUGAUUGGUUGAAGGAAUAUUUCAUCGACUUCCGUAGACGUAUCCUGAAGCUUCUGGGAAAAGCAUUCAAUAAAUUCAACACAGGCAUGUCCCUAUCACUGCUCGAUAAUCGUGCAAUCAAAAUCGAAGGACAAGAAUUAACUAAAAAAACAAUCGAUGAGUACUUGCUUCCACACGACAUACAACGGCUGGAGAUGUACUCCCGAAACCAGGUUGAAUACAAGUUGAUCAUGGACCUAACAUCGGACUUGGCUCUUCUCUAUUUCCAAUCCAAAAUGGCCAGUGCCCAAAUUGAUUCACUCCAGAAGGCGAUACUUCUGGGGACGGGCCUACAGCACAAAACAAUAGAGCGCCUGUCUGAGGAAUUCAACAUGCCAAACAAUCAAGUGCUUGCAAAGUUUUACGAUUGUAUGAAGAAACUAACGAAGUACAUCGAUUCCGUACUGGAACGAACCAUUGAGAGUACAAUGGUGAGCGAGAAUGCAUUGAAUACGGGAGAAAAUCUGUUGGCACUUGAUAGAUCUAUCAACGAUGAUCUUUCGGAGGAUGUCCAAAAGCUCGAAAAGAAACAAAAGAAAGAACUUGCCCUAUUGAAAAAAGAGAACCUGGAGCAAUAUGUUAUCAAGGGAACGGACGAAGAGUGGAAAAACACAUUGGUAAAACAUAAGUCUACCAUCGUGUCAAUUAAGAGCGGAGAGAAACGUCUCGGAGAAGGCAAAGAUCUAUCGUUUGCUGAUAGUGAAAAUUCCUACAAGAAGAAGAAGGCUAAGCAAGCUGGUUUCGGAAAGAAACAGAAAUUCCGCAAAGACAAGCAGCACUGAUGCAGCGCCAAUGCGGAUAUUUUUUAAAUGUAUUGUUUUAAA